UACAAAGUCUGAUUUAAAAAAAGUACAGGGACUUAUUUUAUGUGUAUCUGAGCAACAGAUUUAAAAAAUUGAAAGAAAGAGUAAAUGAACUUUCUCUUAAUGCUGAGCCAAAUUUAAACUUUAAUCUGUUAGGCAUUGGUCUACAACAGCAUUAUCAAUUAAGAGUUGUGAUUAGUAUUCUGCAAUUACAGAAAUGGUUGAUUUCAAGGAACAGGUAAUGGCACCAAAUUUUACUUUAAUUUGUAGAAAAAUUGGUUCAGAAGCUGUUGGAAUGAAUGGAUGAAAUGAAAAGAAGCCUUUAAAGAGAAUACAUUGACAAAUUCAAAGAGUUUAAAUAGUUAUAACAGAUUUAAAAGUGGUUCUUGUUAAGUGAAGGCGAUCCAAGAUCAGGAAGACCAUUGACAUUCACUUCUGAUGACAAAAAAAGAGAUUAUCACGUUGGUAAGGUAGAAUCUGAGAAUAACAAUAUGAGAAAUUGCAGAAAAUAUUAAUAUUUCUUAUAGUUCUUGUCAAGAUAUUCUUGACACUUUGAGAUAUAAGAAAGUUGUCACAAAAUUUGUUCCUCAAAUCUUAACUCAAGAACAGAAACAUCAAUACCUGGAAGUUGCUCAGGAUUUGCUCGAAUGUCCUGAGAAAGACAAUAACUUUCUAAAAUACAUUAAUCAUGUGAUGAGCUGGGUCUACAGAUAUGAAAUCAAAACUAAAUGGUAAUUCUAUAAAUAGAGAAAAUUGAAUGAACCAUCAUCCAAAAACAGGCAUUCAUGAGUUAUUCAAAUGCAAAAGUUAUGCAUAUUGUGUUUUUCAAUUGCUGUGGAUUAGUGUAUCGUGAAUAUGUUCCAAAUGUCAAUGCUUGAGUUGGGUGUGUUUGCAUUUUGUCACUGGAUUUGUGAAAGAUGAUUACUUGGUUUUUACAUCAAGACUGCAUAAAGUCUUGCACUGUAAUAAUGUAAUUAUUUGUGUCAUAAUUUUUUAUUUGUUAUAUACUAAUUAUUUUAAAUCUGGGAAAAUCUGAAUACCUUUUGCAAGGUUUUCAGAAAACUUUAAAUUUUAGGGUGUGGAAAUGCUGGUUAUAUGGUAAACUUUAUGCUUGGCAGUGUAAUUGCUUUGUACACAAGAGACAUAUGAUCAGUUUUGCCAAGUUGUUAAUAAGCUUUUUCCUUAUUAACCGCAUUUUCCCACCAUAUUAGACCAAUGUCCCACAAGAUUUUUAUAGAAAUCAAAAUUUCUUGUUCUCUAAUAUUAUAACCUUAUUCUCUAUUAUUAUCUUAUAAGAUCACAGAUGUAGGUACAAUCAGAAGUUAUGUAGCAUAUGACUGUAUAUUAAGUCAUAAAAAUUGCUAAUAUAAAUCUAUAAACAUGCAAUGAUUUAGAUAUUUCUUUGAUUUCAUUUUUAAAAAAAUGUAAUUUAUUAAACCAGGAAAAAGCAUUCAAGUUUUGCACAUACCCACAGUUGGAAAACUGCCUGUAAUUAUGUUGCUAAAAGAUAUAUGGAGGAUGUUGAUAGAGAAGUAUAUUUUGAAGAUGUAAAACUUCAAAUGGAUGCAAAACUUUGGGGAGAGGAAUACAACAGACAUAAUCCUCCUAAAAAAGUUGAUAUAUUUCAGAUGUCAGUGAUUGAAUUUAUCAAUAGACCAGAUAAGCCUUUAUUUCACCUUGAACAUUAUAUUGAAGGACAUUACAUAAAAUAUAAUUCCAAUUCAGGUUUUAUAAGUUGUGAAAAUUUGCGUCUCACACCACAGGCAUUCAGUCAUUUUACUUUUGAGCGUUCAGGACAUGAAUUGAUUGUAGUUGAUAUUCAAGGAGUUGGAGAUCUCUAUACAGAUCCUCAAAUUCACACAGCAAGUGGUAAAGGCUAUGGAGAUGGAAAUCUUGGUUCAAAAGGAAUGGCUUUAUUUUUUCAUUCUCAUGUAUGCAAUAGAAUUUGCAAGAGUCUUGGACUUUCUGAGUUUGAUAUUGCACCUACUGAGAAAGUAUCAAGUCAGAAAUUUGCAAUAUUGCAGGUAAUACAUAAUAUUUUAACAAUAUUUACGUCUUGAAAAAUAGAUUAAAUUUCGGAUUCU